GCUAGUCAGUCGCUUUGUUGUUGACGUCAGAGCGUUUUAGCAGUGAGGAUGUAUUUCCAGCUGAGGAGGAGUGGAGCUUUUCGGAUCUGUUCUUAAAACUAAUCGAUGGAGGACGAAUUUCAAAAAACCUUGCCACUUGAAAACGCAUCUAUCCUGUCAGAAGGUUCCUUGCAAGAUGGGCAUCGACUAUGGAUUGGUAAUCUGGACCCAAAAAUAACAGAGUACCAUCUUUUAAAGCUACUUCAGAAGUUUGGGAAAGUGAAACAAUUUGAUUUUUUGUUUCACAAAUCUGGACCACUAGAAGGACAACCCCGGGGGUAUUGCUUUGUAAAUUUUGAGACAAAAGUGGAAGCAGAGAGAGCCAUUCAAUGUCUCAAUGGAAAGAUGGCUUUAUCCAAAAAGCUAGUCAUCCGGUGGGCUCAUGCACAAAUUAAGAGGUUUGAUAAUUACAAAAAUGAAAAAGUUUUACCAAUCAGUCUUGAGCCAUCUUCAAGUACAGAACCGACUCAGUCCACCAUAAGUGUCAGUGCAAAGAUUAAAGCUAUCGAAGCAAAGCUGAAAAUGAUGUCAGAAAAUCCAGACCCAGACCUCCCUGGCCAGUCGUCAUAUUCUUAUUUCAAUACCUCUCAGAAGAAAAAGAGUACACCUUACUCAAGAACGUCAUGGAAAUCUAAAAGAUGACACUAUUACUGCUUCAAACUGUCACAGUUCAGACUCUGGGAUUAUAUUCUACUUUGGCGUUUUGUUCAUACAAGUAUGCAAACAUGACGUAAUUCAUAGACUUGGAUACUCUGGAAUACUUUGUAAAUCGCUGAAUUUCCCUUUUCUAAAGAUUUAUUUAGUGUGCAUGUGUCAUUUACAACAAAGUCAUUUUUGUUCUGCUGUGUGAGGAUGUUUAAAAUGAAGUGCUCCAAAACCCUUUUGUAACUCUUUACCGUAAUCUUAACAGUACUGAAAAUAUAGAUCCUCAAUACUAAA